GCAACUAGUUAAUUAGCUAACUAAGCUUGAUGAGUUAUGAUGGGAAAUUUGUAAGUCGCUCUGGAUAAGAGCGUCUGCUAAAUGACUUAAAUGUAAUGUAAUGUCUUUAGAAUUGUUUUGUUGCAUAUAGUAUCCAGCAGAUGGCAACACGUGCAUGGUUCACUGAUGAGUUAUGUCAUUUCCUACUGUAAGCGUUGUAGUUCCGACAAGCUGUCAAUCAAACUUUGUGUCAGUCGAUUGUUGUCUGGUACUUUGUCUUGGAAAGCAACUUAAUCAGAACCACACAUUUACACUUUCGAUGGAAACUUUGCGGGCUUGGACAUCAAACCCGGAAGAGAACUAACGUUAAUAAGCGAGACGAGCUGCGUUUACACACAGUGCGACCAUGGAAGCAGAAGCACACAGUUGUCACCGACUGCCUGGGAAAACAUCAAGAAAGAGGAGGAGGGAUGAAAUCAAUGGAGAUAUGGCGGGAGAGCAGGCCGUCAAAGUCCGACGAUCCACAGUGGGUCUGACAGAUCCAGCCCCAUUUGCUGACCAGCUAGAACCAGUUACCGCUCCGUACGUGCGUGUCAGUAUGGAGGAGGCAUGCCAGGGCACCCCACAAGAGCGUCCAGUGCGGGUAUAUGCAGAUGGAAUCUUUGACAUGUUCCAUUCCGGCCACGCCCGAGCACUGAUGCAAGCCAAGGGGCUCUUCCCAAACACCCAUCUAAUUGUCGGAGUAUGCAGUGACGACCUGACGCACAACUUAAAGGGCUUCACCGUAAUGAACGAGGACGAACGCUACGACACCGUCAGUCAUUGUCGCUAUGUUGAUGAGAUCGUACGGAACGCACCAUGGACGCUCACGCCGGAGUUCCUGGCUGACCACAGGAUUGACUUUGUCGCCCAUGACGAUUACCCAUAUUCUUCUGCAGGAAGUGACGAUGUUUACAAGCACAUCAAGGCGGCAGGCAUGUUCGCACCCACACAGCGGACAGAAGGCAUCUCUACUUCUGACAUCAUCACCCGUAUUGUCCGCGACUACGACGUGUACGCACGCAGAAACCUGCAGAGAGGCUACACUGCCAAAGAGCUCAAUGUCAGUUUCAUCAAUGAGAAGAAGUACCACCUGCAGGAGCGUGUGGACAAAGUGAAGAAGAGGGUGAAGGAUGUGGAGGAGCGAUCCAAAGAGUUUGUACAGAAGGUAGAGACAAAGAGCAUCGACCUGAUCCAGAAGUGGGAAGAGAAGUCCCGAGAGUUCAUCGCCAACUUCCUUCAAAUGUUUGGCCCAGAGGGAGCACUGAAGCACAUGCUAAAGGAGGGGAAGGGGCGGAUGCUGCAAGCCAUAAGCCCCAGGCAGAGCCCCAACAGCAGCCCGACCAGAGAGCGCUCACCCUCUCCGCCGCCCUCCUUCCGUCUGCCCUUCUUCACCAAGACCUCCCCUCCCUCUUCGCCCCACCACCUCAGUGGAGCAGACCGCAUAAGCGAGGAUGACGAUUAGGAGCCUCCCUCCAUUCCUUUCUCUCCCUGUGGCUGAGAUGGUGCAGGUCAGGGUUAGGGUAAAUACCAUUUCAGUCAAUUGAUUAAAUUGAAAUGGAAUUGACCCCAGCCCAAGUGCUCACAAGGAAUUGAUAAUUCACAUGUUCUUGAAUUAGGAUGCCAUGUUGCGUUUUUUUCCUAUCCCGCUCACAUUACUGGUUAUCUUUACCAGGCCUCUAGUGUCAGUUAGGCCUUUGUCAUGUUUAAAGGAAACCACGACACAAUAGCACAGGAAGUUUAAUCAUAACUUUCUGUAAAACGGCUGUUCUUUGGGGUCACAGUGUUGUUAUACACAAAAUGUUGUUGUUUUUUCAUGUUUCAUUUAUGAUGUAUAAAAUGAAUUAAUGAGCAUGGGAAGGUGUCAGCUAAUACGGGCGUGGGUGAUGGGACACUCAUUCGCUCACAAAUGACUUGCAUGUUCUUCCGACACACACUGAAUUGUAUUUGCCAUGCUAAAUCCACGGUAGCGCCAGAGAAAAUUGAACAAGUGAUAACCGGUACUUUCUGUAAAUAAUAUCUUUCUACUUUCCCAUAGAUUUCAUUCUGAAUUUUCUUUAUGGGUGUCACAUGAAGUAAUCGCUUAAGUCGUCUGGAUUUUUAAACUUCUCUGGUGAAAGCAUAGUUCACAUGGAUAUAGCACGACAUGGGUAAGAAGCUGUUGAAUCUAGUAGGGGUUAACCAUCGUACCGGAGUGUACGGAGCCCCUUCCCUGUUUCCCAGUCUAAAACUAGCCGGCACCUCAUACCAGCUGUCUGCCUUUUUAUCCCAUAACAAAAGCUGGUUUCAAACAUGGGGAGGGAGGGGACAUGGGGAGAGUUUCCUCCAAUAUGAAGCAGUAGAAUGCCAUCCCUCCUCCCUCUCGUGAUCACGCUACAGGAGCAACACAGCAGCCUGUUGUUAUCAAUGAAAGACAUAGUGAGCCUCCCUCCUCUCGUAGAUGCAUUCUCUUCAACUCCACAGAAAAAGACCACUUUGGUAGAAAGAAAGCCUUGUGCAGAAUUCCGAAUACCCCCAUAGCCACCUACCACCCCUUAUAGGGCCUAGGCACUCCUGUAGAUCUGAAAGGAUGGGAUAGCUUUUGCGUUCUGGCUGGGUGGCAUUUGCACUGUGUUGGAUACACCUAUUCAGUCCUUUUAGGCCUAGGACACACGGAGGUUGUACAAUGCAUUGGACUCGACAGUUGUGAUGCAAUGGAUAUUGUUUUUAAACGGAAACGUUUAAAAUAUUGUUAUUUGGUGUCUCCAGAGUGGUCGGGUAAAUAUUUGUGUGCAGACAAAUGCAUAACGAAUACCUGUUGUAUCAUAUGCGUUGUACAACCUAAUGUGAACUAGGCCAGUAGACCUACAGGUGGCCUAAGGCUGUUCCACUUGCUCAGGAGUGAAGUUUCACUAGGGACAGAUCUAGGAUCAGCUUCCUCCCCCAAUACCCCCCAUUAGUGGAGAAAAUGCUAAACUGACCCAAGAUCAGGGGACACUUGACCAUACUCCAUUCUGCUUAAUAACCUCCCGACUCUGUAACUGUAAUUAGGUUGAUCGAGGACUUUUGACUACAUUGGUCACCUGAUUAGUCACCAAGUUGAGUUGUUUUAUCCUUGUAUUUUGUCAUUUGCUUUUAUUUAAUAUGUACGAAGUGUGUUGGUUUGUGUUAAAGGAGAUCUACUGUAUGUACUUUAAUCUUGUAUAUAUGUCAUUUUUGUACACCUCCUGGAAAAACCUUCUGCUGAUUUUUCUUUUUUUGUUGUUGUAGAAAAUAGUAAUUCCACUAAUCAGUAAUUCCAAAUACAUUGUGCAUCUCCACAACUUUAUGCCAAUAGAUUCCAAAUAAUUGUUUUGGGGGGGUGAUUUAUUAGAUUUUUUUCCAGAGUGCUGAUGCUAUGUGUAAUCAGACCUGCAUUGUGGCAUUCCUCCCAGACAUGUUUUUUAUUCAAUAGAAUUCAUGUUUAAGCUUAGCCAGAGUCUGUGGUUAUUCAAAUCGUUUAGGCACUUAUACAAUAGUAUGUGAAAUAUUAUUCUGCGUUUACACGGGCAGCUCAGCCUGAUUCUGAUAUGUUUACCAAUCAGAUCAUCUCUGAAAAAGAUCUGAUGUGGAAGAAAGAUCAGAAUUGGUCUGCCUGUGUUGUGUUCAAUUGAAAUACUGUAGAAUUCCAUUCAUUCCUAUGGAGGACUGCUCCUACUGGGGAGUGGCAAUAUUGCCGGGCGGUGGCUUCAAGGCCUCUCAAUGGCCAAUAUAUGGCAUCCGCAAUCCAGGCUUUGUACAGUGCAUUUGGAAAGUAUUCAGACCACUUGACUAUUUCUACAUUUUGUUACGUUACAGCCUUAUUCUAAAAUGGAUCAAAUAGUUUUUUCCCCUCAUCAAUCUACACACAAUACCCCAUAAUUAAAUUUUUGCAUGUUUAUAAAAAAUAAAUAAAACUGAAUUAUCACAUUUACAUAAGUAUUCAGACCCUUUACUCAGUGCUUUGUUGAAGCACAUUUGGCAGCGAUUACAGCCUUGAGUCUUCUUGAGUAUGACGCACAAGCUUGGCCCACCUGUAUUUCUUUCUCUGCAAAUCCUCUUAAGCUCUGUCAGGUUGGAUGGGGAGCGUUGCUGCAUAGCUAUUUUCCGGUCUCUCCAGAGAUGUUUGAUGGGGUUCAAGUCUGGGCUCUGGCUGGGCCUUUCCUGCGUUGUCUUAGCUGUGUGCUUAGGGUCGUUGUCCUGUUGUGAGGGUGAACCUUCGCCGCAGUCUGAGGUCCUGAGCACUCUGGAGCAGGUUUUCUUCAAGGAUCUCUCUGUACUUUGCUCUGUUCAUCUUUCCCUCGAUCCUGACUUAGUCCCUCCCACUGAAAAACAUCCCCACAGCAUGAUGCUGCCACCACCAUGCUUCACCGUAGGGAAGGUGUCAGGUUUCCUCCAGACAUGACGCUUGGUAUUCAGACCAAAGAUUUCAAUCUUGGUUUCAUCAGACCACAGAGAGUCCUUUAGGCUGUCGUGCCUUUUACUGAGGAGUGGCUUCCGUCUGGCUGCAGAUAUGGUUGUCCUUCUGGAAGGUUCUCCCAUCUUCACAGAGGAACUCUGGAGCUCUGUCAGAGUGACCACCUGGUUGUUGUUCACCUCCCAGACCAAGGCCCUUCUCCCCCGAUUGCUCAGUUUGGCCGGGCGUCCAGCUCUAGGAACAGUCUUGGUGGUUUCAAACGUCUUCCAUUUAAGAAUGAUGGAGGGGACUUUUAAUGCUACAGACAUUUUUUUGGUACCCUUCCCCAGAUCUGUGCCUCGACACAAUCCUGUCUCGGAGCUCUACAGACAAUUAUUUUGACCUCAUGCCUUGGUUUUUCCUCUGACAACUGUGGGACCUUUUAUAUAGACAGGUGUGUGCCUUUCCAAAUCAUGUCCAAUCAAUUGAUAAUUAUUUGCAAAUUGAGUAAAAACAAUUUUUUCAAUUUUAGAAUAAGGCUGUAACGUAACAAAGUGGAAAAAGUCAAGGGGUCUGAAUACUUUCUGAAUGCGUUGUGUGUGUAAAAGCAGCUGGUUACUGCUUACAUUUGUGUUUUUGCUGGUCACAAAUGUAUGCAUUCCAGUGGCAGGCUUAUGAGGGCCAACACAAUAUCCUCCUGUUUUUAAAUGUCCUCAUUAUUUCUCUUUUUUUUUUUCUUUUUUUUUUUACCUUUAUUUAACCAGGCAAGUCAGUUAAGAACACAUUCUUAUUUUCAAUGACGGCCUGGGAACAGUCGGCAAAGGAAAUGUCUGUCUUGUCAUGAACUGUCAACCUGUUGACUACUAUCAGUUAUAACAAGGACUAAAAUAAAUAUGUACAAAGAAAAAUA